UCCCACUCUCAUCAAAUCUCUCGCAGAAGAAGUAGAACCCUUAAACCUUAUCCCUUCCAAAGCAGCCAGCGAGAUAGCUUUAGCCUCGAGCAAACUAAUCUCAAAAGCUAAAAGCCAUGUCUGCCUCCGCUUCCUCCGUUUCCUUGUCUUCCUUCAACCCUAAAUCCCUUCCUCUCUGCGUUUCCAGGUCCUCCUCCUCCGUCUCCGUCUUGCCUCCUUCCCUCUCCUUCAAACUUCACUCCCACCAUCUCCUCUCUAUCUUCGCUUCCUCCUCCUUGAAAUGCUCUGCUCCCGCCGAGUAUCCGUCCCGUUUUGUCAGGAACGUUGCCGUUUCCUCGGAUUUCGAGGUGGAGGAAGACGACAUGUUCGCCGAUGAUGACUCGCCGCCGGCGCGCAGCUCCUUCUCCAAUGACCUCAAACUCUUCGUCGGUAACCUUUCCUUCAGUGUUGAUAGCGCUAAGCUCGCUCAGCUAUUCGAGAGCGCCGGAAAUGUUGAGAUGGUUGAGGUAAUCUAUGACAAGGAGACUGGCAGAAGCAGGGGUUUUGGGUUUGUGACAAUGUCCAGUGCAGCGGAAGUUGAGGCGGCAGCUCAGCAGUUCAAUGGCUAUGAGUUUGAAGGCAGACCAUUGAGGGUUAACUCUGGCCCUCCUCCACCUAAGAGGGAGGAAUCUUUCUCCAGAGGACCAAGAAGUGGUGGUUACGGUUCUGAGCGUUCCAGCUACGGUUCUGAACGUUCAGGUUACGGGUCUCAACGUUCAGGAGGACGUUCUGGUUACGGUUCAGAACGUUCCAGCUACGGUUCCGGGUCAGGUUCGGGCUCGGGUUCAUCAGACCGGGUUUAUGUUGGCAACCUUUCUUGGGGUGUCGAUGACAUGGCUCUUGAGAGCUUGUUUAGUGAGCAAGGAAAGGUUGUUGAGGCUAGAGUCAUUUACGACAGGGACACUGGCAGGUCCAAGGGUUUUGGGUUUGUGACGCUCGGCUCUCCUCAAGAGGUCACAAAAGCCAUCAAUUCUUUGAAUGGUGCUGAUUUGGAUGGAAGGCAAAUUAGAGUCUCGGAGGCUGAGGCUAGGCCACCAAGGCGCCAAUUUUGAGUGUCCACGCCAACUUUACGUUCUAAAAUAAAUGCAGAUUCUGGAGGGUACUUCGAAGCACAUGGGGUUAGUGAGACAAAGGCGGUUUCAGACAGUAACUAAGCUAACUGCUGCUGCACUCUAAGGCUUUAAUGCUUGAAGGUCGUAAAGGAAUGAUCUGUUUUUUUAGAAUGAUUAGAUUAAAGCAGAGACCCAUGUUUCUUGUCCUGAAUCCUGCGAUUGAUUGCUUCAGUUUGCAUUUUCUUCUUAUCUCUCUUUUUUUUGUGUGGUAUUUUGACAUUUGGCAUAUGAGAGUAACUGUAGCAGUGUGUUUUGUUUAAUGUUUUUGAUAUUCUGUUCUUAAAAAAAAAAAUUUCCAA